AUGGUAAUUAUGGAGGUGGAGGAGGCUACAGUGGUAAUAGAGGCGACGGAAGAGGAGGAGGUGGAGGUGGGGGAUACAGAGGAGGUGGUGGUGGAUACCAAGGAGAUCGAGGGGGACGCGGCAGCGGAGGCAGAGGUGGUGGAAGUGGCAGGGAAGGCGAUUGGCGAUGCCCUAAUCCAGGGUAAAUUUUGUGGAAUUUCUUGGAUUCUCUGUAAUCAAGCUUCUUUCUGGAGAGAAAAAUGUUGUAGCUUCUGGUGGUGGAGUCUUAAAGGUUCGAUCUUUAGAUUAGCAUUGCAUUGUAUUAGGCAAAUAGCCCAAGAGACAAAUGGUAAGGUAUAUGGUCUUGGUAGGCAACCAGCUGUUCUACGUACUAUUAGCCAGAGACUAAUCAGAGAGUUUAAUGACACUAUUAAUGGAUUCAAUGAUGAUGGCUGGUCGAUAUUGAACUGUGACGAUGCUCAACAUAUUGCAGUUGCUGUUAAUUCAUCCAAGAACUUGAGCACUAAUACAAAUACAGUUUGGUUGGACGUAUUCUCCGGGUGA